AUGUCUUUCCAGCAGCCUGCGACGCCUCUUCUGGCGACGUCGGGAUUGCCGUAUACCUCGCCCGGCCACCCGCACAACUCAAGUUUCUCUCCCGCAGAAGGCGACGCGCAGCCUGUCCAAGCUGCCUCGCCGGGCUCCGCCAGCGGAAGCGAUUCGUCGCUCGACCGGCAGAUUCGCACCAACAUUCAAACGAUUCGGUCCAAUCUCCUCGCGAUCGAAGAAAAUCUCGGAAAUUUGAAUCGCCGUUUCGUGUCUCGGCGAAUUGUCGAGAGCCUCCACGAUCGACUGCGAGAGACCUACGACAUCGUUCUGUCGACUGAGCGCCUUUUCAAAGACUGGCAGGCAGAACAGCAAGGACAGUCAAUAGACGUUUUGGAGCGACAGCGACGGCGAUUUCUGUACGAGAAGCUCUCGGCGCACUUCCAGGAAGAAAUCCGGAAAGUUCAGGCAAUCUCUGAGCGGGUUCGCGAGGCGGCGGAGCGCGUCGCUGACAGCAGCUCGUUUCCGGAGACUGGCCGGUCGGAGGCGAAUGGUGCCGAGGGCCUUCCGCGCCCCACAUCGGCGCCGCUGUCUCCGCUGGCGCCAGGCGAUCGGCGGCGAGAUGGACCCGGAGGAGGUCGGUCGGGGCUUCGCGCUACGGCGGCGCCGCAGAGCGGCCGGGGCGCGGCGACAGAGCUGUCGAGGAAAGGUCGCGCAGGUUCCCCCUUCGGAGUCGUGCUGGACUUGGAGAACGUGACGAUGAUGGACGAUGAGCGAGAGCAGUUCUUCGUCGGAGACGACGAACAGGAACUGUGCAACGAGAUGGAGGACGUGGCGGAGCAUGAGAGUCUCCUCCAGCGAGCAGUAGCUGAGGAACGGUACAGAGGCAUGCAGCGCAUCCACGGCCAGGUGAAGCAGGCAAAUCAAAUCUUUAAGGAUCUCGCCCAGUUGGUUUUGCAACAGGAUGCGGGCGUCGAGAGCAUUGAGUCGCAGAUGCAAGCGGCGCACAGCCACAUCAAAGGGGCAGCAUCGGAGCUGCGCAUCGCCCACCAGAUGCACAGGCGUUCGCGGCAGAGACGGUGUCUGCUGUUACUUCUCGUCUUCGCCGUUCUCUCCUUUCUCUUUUAUCUCUACUCGUCCUUGUCUGCUGUCCUGCGAAGCCCUCCAAACAUCGCGCCGGACCCGACUCUCUCUCUGUCGGCCCCGGUUGCACUGUCCGACCGUUCGGAUGGGGCGCGCGACUCUUUCGUCGCACCGGUCGUGGACCAGAAUGAACGGCCUGAGCGCAGCGGUUUGUCGCAGGCGACAAUUGGAAGUGGAGAGUUGUCUGAAACUUCGCCGGCAGGUCACGUUCCUGGGGUGGGGGCUCGUUUCUCAAUUGGAGGUGCCGUGAAGCGAGUCCUUGAAUCGGCGCCCAUGAGCGCAGGAGGCCCGACGGUCUUUCUGCCCAGCGCCCUCGGUGGGGCGUCUGCUGACCGGGGACUUCUGCCCCAGAGUCCGAACUAGCGUGUUCACGAAAGAACACAGCCAGCAGCGAGGUGAAAC